UUGAACUUGAAGAUUCCACUAUGUUGCUUACAUUUUUGAAGAAAUCAUUCAUCUUCAAAAUUCUACUCCUACAUUGCGUAUUUGAAAUAAAAGCGGAUAUUAAGAAUCUAUGAACCCAUCUAGACAGAUGAAAAAAAGACGCCAAGAAAAUAAUUUUGUUUUUUUACCAUACAUUUGCUAUCUUAUGCAACUUUCUGGUUAUUUUCCGAUUAAGUCGAUUUCAACUAAGAAAGAAACUCUAUCAUCAAAAGCUCUACUAUUUUAUUCAAGCCUGCUUCUUCUUUUGGAUACUUUUUUCUUUCUCGGAAGUACAGUUGAUAUUCUGAAUGAAAUUACGGACCCUCAAGACUCUGUUCAUUUUACAUAUCAAGGUAUUUAUUUAAUAACUUUAUUCCAAGGCAUCGCCAAUCAGCUGUUAUCGAUUAUUAAUUGGAAAAGUCUAGCAAAGGUAUUAAGAACAUUUAAUACUGUUUCAAGGAACUGUUAUUCGGAACGCAAUGAUCAAAAAUGUUUGUUGAUAACGCUAUUUUCAAUUUCAACAAUUUUUACGAUUAUGAUGACCUAUACAAAUAAUAGUGUUAACAUUCAUGGUAAUUUUACUUCAUUAUCCAUCGAUUCCUUUAUUCUGGAAAAUGCAUUGCUACCAGGAUCAUUAUAUGAGGAUUCAGCAGCAGUUACAUUGGUUUUUAUAUUACAAAGUAUAGUUAUAUUUCACUGUUUCUCAAUAUCUUUAAUAGCGAACAAUUGGAUAAGUAUUGUUUCUAACACUCUAUCCAAAUCAAUUAAGAAUUCUAAAGCUGGACUUUUGAAUAUUGGCUGCUGCAAAAGUGAUAGUAAGUAUGAAAAACAAUUUUGGGUAUGGAUCUCAAAUUAUAGUCAGCUUAACUUAAUUUCGAGAAAUAUUAUAAAGGAAUUUUCAUUACCAUUGUGCAUAAUAACAAUUUGUAAUCCUCUUUUGUUUUGUCUAAACAUGUACUGGUUCCUCCAUGAUUUUAAAAGCGGUGGUAUCAAACUACUUUUCCCAGGAUUUGUAACAAUACUUCAACUUGCAAGACUUGCUUUUCUCUGCAUUAAAGGAAGUGAUUUCUUAAAAGAGGUUAAUAGUUUGAUAUUAGAUGCUCAGAAGUUGGAUGCCUCUGAAUUGACACCCGUCAUGAAAUACCAGUUGAAGACAAUUUUCAUUCGUGAAGGAACAGAUCCCGUUUAUCUCACUGCAGGAAAGUUAUUUCCCAUCACAAAAAGUUUCUUUCUUAGUAUAAUGGGGACAGUGUUCACUGUUGUCGUAGUCUUCGUUCAAAUAGCUCCGCAGAAACUUACAUGCUAAAUAAUUUUAUAAAAAUCUUUUGAUUAUCAAUAAAAACACACUUGCUUUUUU